CCACCGGGGGCAGAGAAGGAUGAAGCCUUUCCUCUGCAGCAUCUUGUGGCUGCUGCUGUCCGAUGUUCUAGCGACGUAUCACUCCAGUGUGGGGGAUCCUCAGCUGAUCGCCGCACAGAGCUACGCUCAAACCAGAAACCAUGGCCGACCUCCGUUCAGGACCCUGAAUCCGCAAAAGACGGACUCUCACUGCAGGAGCCGUCCCAUGGACCUGGUCUUUAUCAUCGACAGCUCUCGCAGCGUGCGCCCUGGUGAGUUCGAAAAGGUAAGGAUAUUCCUCGCCGACAUGGUGGACACGUUGGACGUCGGCUCCGACGCCACUCGAGUGGCCGUGGUCAACUACGCCAGCACGGUCAAGAUUGAGUUCCUCCUCAAGAGCCACUUCGACAAACCCGACAUGAAGAAAGCCAUCUCCCGCAUCGAGCCCCUGGCCACCGGCACCAUGACGGGCCUCGCCAUCAAGACCGCCGUGAACGACGCUUUCACGGAGCGGUCCGGAGCUCGGCCUCGCUCCAGGAAAAUCAACAAGGUGGCCAUCAUCGUGACCGACGGAAGGCCCCAAGACCAGGUGGAGGAGGUCUCCGCUGCCGCCCGGGCCUCCGGCAUCGAGAUCUACGCCGUCGGAGUGGACCGGGCUGACAUGCGCUCGCUGCAGCAGAUGGCCAGCACCCCUCUGGAUGACCACGUCUUCUAUGUGGAGACCUACGGCGUUAUCGAGAAGCUCACCUCCAAGUUCAAGGAGACCCUGUGCGGUCCAGAGCCCUGUGCCAUGGGACACGACUGCGAACACAUAUGUGUCAACAGCAAUGCCUCGCAUUACUGCCAGUGCCGGAAUGGUUACGUCUUGAAUGCAGACAAGAAAACGUGUUCCCCGAAACGCGAGGAGCUGAAGGCGGAGGUGGUGGUGGAGGAUCCCUGCAAAUGUGAAGCCACCCUGGCUUUCCAGAAGCAGACGCACGCCGCCAUCCAGCAGCUCACAGCCAAGCAUAUCCUUCCUGUUGAUUCAGACACGGGGCCUUUUCUUCAAAACAUUACCUCUCGGCUGGCAUUGUAAUUGAAGUAUAACUUCUUGACCGAUCCCACUAGCCGCCGUGUCCGGGAGGAUCGAGCGCCUGCAGAACAUAGUGGGCCGGGCCUGAAGCUGGAC